AACCCAUCAUUUUAUUCUUUAGGAUUGUGGGAACCCUAAAACCUCCCUGUUCUUCGUCGACUCCGCCUCCCCUGUUCUUCGUCGACCAUGGCAAAACCUUUGGACGAGGAAACCGUGAAGAAAGUUAUUAGGUCGAGUUUUACUUCAGCGACAGCAAUCUCCCCAGGGAUUCUUUUCUCAAGAAAACAGUUGAUGAAAGUGAAGAUGGAUUGGUGAGUUUGGCUUUGAUAUGUUCAUUUUCGAGGAUGAGAUCCCAUCUGGGAUUACAAGAAGCAAAACCGGAGGAUAUAACCGAUGACACUGUGAAAGCUGUGGCUGAUGCUUUAAAGAGCUCUACAUUUCUCAAGUUUUCUGAGGAUGGAAAGAAAAUUGGUAGAGCUACAGAAUUGCCGAAGCCCGAGGUUAUUGACCAAGUAGAUGGGAGGACUAUUGCUGCAUCUCCAUUGGAGUAUGACAUCAAGCUUGAGGAUGUAGAGUCAUUUUUUAGCCAAUAUGCAAAGGUUAACAGCGUAAGGCUACCUCGCCAUGUUGCUGACAAAAGGCUAUUUUGUGGCACUGCCCUGGUUGAAUUUUCAAGCGAGGAAGGUGUUCAAAGCAUUUUGAAGCAAAGUUUGGUUUAUGCAGGAGUGGAGUUAGAAUUAAAAACAAAGAAGGACUUUGAUGCAGUAAGAGCUCAGCUGGAGAAAGAAGUGGAGAAUAAUAAUCUUAACAAAGGUUCUUCUUGUAAAAACCAACCCAUUCCUGAAGAAAACUAUCCCAAGGGCCUGAUUGUUGCUUUUAAGCUGAAGAAGAUCUCCGAGAAGGGUAUUGCAGGAACACUAAAUGGUGAUCACACACCAGCUGCUGACAAUGUUGAUGUGGCUGCUACUGCUGUGGCACAAACCACAUCAGAGGAUGGCAAGGAUCUGACUGCAGAAAAGGGGUCAAAGAAUGAAGAAAAUCUCAAGAAUGAUGUUGAAGGAGAUGACGAUAAGGAAAUGAAUGAAGAAAAAGAGUCAAAAGAUGAAGAAAAGCAUGAUAAGGUUGUUGGAGAAGAUCAAAACACACCAGCGGUUCAUGAUAUAGAUGUUCAAUCUGAUGUUGCUGAGGCACAAACUACAUGUGAGGACAAUGAGGUUGUCCAACGUGAAGACUUAAAGAGCGUGUUUCAGAAGUUUGGUACUGUGAAGUUUGUGGAUUUUGAGAAGGGAGCAGAUUCAGGAUAUAUACGCUUUGAUACAGCUGAGGAAGCUCAAAAGGCACGUGCUGCUGCUGUGCUUGCAUCCGAAGGUAUUUCGGUGAAGAACUGUAUUGCUACCUUAGAUCCCGUGACUGGUGAUGCCGAAAAGGAAUACUGGAUUAAGCUUCGCGAUGGUCAGCAAAGACGGCGAGGAGAUUACAAGGGAAACAGAGGAAGGGGAGGAGGCAGAUUCAGGGGCGGGAAGCACCCGCGUCACAGAGAUGGCAAUUCAGGUCGGCCGAACAAAGCUCAGAAGGUUGAAGCCUGACAAUAUAUAUGUGUACGAUUCUGUCCUUUUUUCACACUCCAGAACUGGAAACAUAAUAUAUUUUUUACUUGUUUUGUGACAUUAUCAGUAUUAUUAUAGGGGGAGUAGUUAUCAAGCAGUGGGUAUAGCCCUCAAAUUUUCCUAUUCUCAUUAAGAAAUCACAAUCUUUCUUUGCUUUCUCACUUUCAAAUUUCAAUGGUAUUUUUGUGUGUCAAUUUAUGAAAUCUAUACGUCUUAUCUAUCACUUUUAGUCUGAAUGAUAUUGAAGAAUGGAUAAAUUGCACAUCUAAAUGUGAAAGUAAAGAUUGAUAAUAUGA